AUGGCUUCUGUAGGAAAAAAGAGUAGUUACUCCCUACAAUGGUUGACGCCAAGCACAUUGUACUAUGUCCAAGUUGGAGUACGGACAGGGAAUACAUAUCAAAAUCUCACAGAAGUUGUCGUGGCACAAACAAAAGCCACAGAUCAUUGUUUAUACAAUGGUCGGCGGGUACCGAUAGGGGAGCAGCUGGUUGUGGACUGUGAGGAGUCCUGCUACUGUUCUAACACCGGCAGAUUCCAGUGUGUACCUGUGUGCUCGAAACAACACGCAAAUGCACGUCCAUGUUCGGAAACGACAAAUCGUGAAAACUGUUGCGACCUCGUGCAUCACUGCUCCUAUGAUACAUGUUCUUAUUUGGGGGAGCCCGUGCAGCACGAGUACUCCUGGGUUAUAGACUGUGCUGAGAAUUGCACGUGUUACGAUGGUUCAGUCACGUGCGUACCACUUUGUGCUGACAUCAUGGUUCCUGAAAACUGCACAAAUCCAGUCCUUACAAAAUCGCCGGAUGGCUGUUGCGAAUCGUACGAAUGUCAUGAAAUGGAUGAUGUAUGUCAGUACAUCAAUAUGUCACAUAGGGUUGGCACGUGGUUCCAGAGCUCAGACUGUGAGAUUUGCUCGUGUAUGCCUUCAAGGGAGGUAAACUGUGUCAAUCUGAGUAAAUGUUUGCCAACAACACUGUCUGAACAGUCGGUGACAUGUCCAGAACCUUCCUUGAUAGACAAUCUAUGCUGCCGCCAGAUUCUCUGCGAGAAACAAACGGAUAACAACGAUGUGCUUAGUACCUACGCGAUCACAAAAUACACCGUAUCAUCUAGCAUACUAGUCCGCUUCCAGUUCAUCUCAACGAAAGACGAACAAACCGCUAUCCAGAUGACGUUAUUCUAUACCACUGACGCCAGCAACAAGAACUACACCGUCUGGACGUCAAACGUCACCGUCAAAUUCAGUGACGUCAUUUACACUUCAAACGACACUCUUGAAUUUAGAGAUUUUGGGAAACCUUAUGUUUUGUACAAAGUCAACAGAAACUAUUUGCUUGUGAUUCCAAAACUGAUCGUGGAUACAUUUUAUUACGUGAAACUGAAAAUUAGUUUUGAUAAAAGUCAAAAAGCUGUCCCAGAAUACAUAGCGGAUACGAGAGCGGUACAGCUUCCGGGUUUACACGUUAGUGCUCCAAACCAUCUGAUGUCGCGAUUAAACAGAGUGUAUUUUUCUGCUAUAAACACAUCUUCUAACAGUGCCUUUCUUUCCUGGACCAUUCCAGAACAUCUUCUUUACAGCAUAUCAUCAUUUGUCAUCAACUAUAAACCUUUCAGCAGAGCUGAAUGGCAGUAUACAGAAAGACUAAUAUUUUCUGACAGAAACUAUAUGUUGAAGUGUUUAUAUCACUCCAGAUGGUACGAGGCGCAGCUUCUUGCGUAUCCUGGAGAACGUCGCUUAGCAACCACGUUCUUCAAUACGUCUUCUUUAAAAGAAAUUUCCAAUGCACAAUUAUCUCUUAGUAUUAAAAAUAUAUCGAUCGGGAGUUCUUUUGUUAUUAUCACAUGGGGUCGUCUUCCGGCGCAUCUUGAAGCAAACGUCAACAAUAUUGAGGUUCUUUGGACUCGUGAAAAUGACGAGGACACGCUUCUAAAAGCCUGCGUGACGGCCAACAGUGUCACAUAUACUUUGCAAGACCUGACGUCCGGAUGUAUGUACACUGUCUGGUUAGGCAUCAGUCGGAAAGAUGGAACCAUAGCUUUUACGAACAAAAUGCAUUUUGUAUCAAUACAUCAAUACAGUUCAUCACAUUCCGGUAACCAACACAGUAUGAUUGUAGCUGUCACCGUGGCCAGUGUGUCGCUUGUUGCUAUGGUGAUUGCUAUAGCAACCGUGGUAUACCUUUUUAAAUGUAAACACAGAGCUUCCUACCAAGAACAUACAUCAUUCGAAAAUAGGAUAUUCCAGAUUUACGACAAUAAGGAGGACCGUGAAUUAUAGUGAAGCUCUCAACCGAAUAUAAUUGAUAAUUAUAGCAGUGAUAUAGGUCGUGCAAACUGAAAUGUCAUAUAAAUUUUUAUUGUUGGGCAGGAGUUAGAGUAUGUAUAGUGGUUUAAUUUUUAGGAUAAGUCAAGAAAAAUUUAAAGUUUGGUUAAAUUCAUCCUUUACAAUAUUUUAAGCAUGAACAUAAUGAUUAUCUGAAUGUCCAGCCUAUUUUAUCAACUUCUAACAUUUUACAAAAAUGUAAGAAGAAACAAAAUAGAAAUUAAGACAGUUCAGUUUGCACGAACUGUACAGCUGAUUAAAAAGAUAUAUAAUUAAUUUUUGACGGAAUUUUUAAUG